GCUCUCCCGCAGCUGAGGCCCCGCGCGCGCCUCGGUAUAAGUGCGCGUUCGGCCUCUGCCGCUCUCAUUCGGACCCGGUCAUGUCGAACAACAGCGCCUCCAACAGCAGCCUCGCCCUGGCCCAGAAGGCGGUGAAGCAGCUCCGGCUGGAGGCCAGCGUCCGCAGGAUCAAGGUUUCUCAGGCCUCUGCAGAACUGAAGAACUUCUGUUUGCAGAACGCUAACAAAGACCCGCUGCUGAUGGGGGUGCCCUCCAGCGACAAUCCAUUCAGACCCCCCAAGUCAUGUGUCCUGCUGUGAGAUGCUGCCGCAGCACCGUCCCCCCGCCGGCUCCUCGUCAUCCCGGCUUCUACUUCUGGAGCAGCUUGGGUGAAAAGCUGGCGUGCCGCGUGUUUGUGGAGCGUCAUGCAUCCCGUGUCCGUCCUGUGUACCGACCCUGCUGCUGCCCAGACCCCCCCGCUACAGAUCAUGUGACUGAAACACCAGCGUCACGCUGAAAGCUAAUCGCAUCCCUGAACAUCAGAGGGAUUUUAUCCCAACGAUGUAAUCGGUGAUCGAAGCAGAACAUGUUCUUCUGGAUCUGCAUCAGCUUUUCUGUUAUUUUUAACAAAGUAUGUUGAAAGGAAAAACAAACAACAAAAGCCACACAUGUUUUGAUGAAGAAUUUCUACUUUUACAAAGUUAUUUAUCAAACUGGACCCAGAGAUUUGUCUGUCAGACCUGGUUUCACCGUAGAAGGAAGUUAUGGUUUGUGUUUAAUGGAAUGCGUUCUAUUCUUGUAUAUUAUCUUCACAUAUUUCUGCCUGUCUUUGCAGCACACUGCUAAAAUGCAACACAUAUUAAAGUGAUGCCACAGCA